CAUUUACUGAACCCACACCAUUAAGUGACAACAUAGCAAUGGCUGAAUCUGCACCACUUAAUGACAGCAUAGUUAUGGAUGAUACAGUUCUACUGAGGAAGCACCUUCUGAUCCAUGACAGGGCUGUACAGCAAAUUAUUGUACUUGAUCGGUAUAUUGAGAGAGUCAAAGAAAAAGCUGUACACCAAGUUCAGAGAGGUAACAAAUCCAGAGCCUUACAUCUAUUAAACAGGAAAUCAGUAGCCAUUGGUCUAAAGAACACCUAUCGUCAGUUUCGUCUCAGAAAAUGGUACCAGUCACAAGUUCUUGUAGUUAGCAUGCUCAGCACCCUGAGACCUAACCAGGUUACAGUACAACCUACAGAACCUGACACAAACCCAGGGUACGAAGGUCAACAGAUGGAGCUAUUUGCCAAAUCACAGAUGGUAUCUCAGUGUAACUCUGACCGUGCCAUGUAA